AAAGAUGUCCGCGGCCAUCUUGGAUUGAACGGCAUCCGUCCGCCGCGCGUGCGCACUCCCUCCUUCCCGCUCUGCUCGCGCCGCUAUUCGCACAGCGCUGCAGCUGCGGAAAAUGAGCGCACCGAAGUCGCGAGGCGAACCGGCGGCGAAAAACGACACCGACAGCGACGCGGGAUCCCCCAGCAGCCGUGAGCGCAAGUCCGGCGGAGGGGUUCUGAAGAGGCUCAAGUCCCGGCGAAUCCAGGCGGACGGCCGAGCGGUGACGGAAGAGGAGCUGCGGGCGCUGGGAAGAGCCAUCGGCCCCGAGGACGUGCUGGGUUUGCGCAGCGUCACCACAGACUACCUGUGCAAACCCGAGGACAACGUCUACAAAAUAGACUUCACGCGCUUCAAGAUUCGAGACCUGGAGACGGGCACCGUGCUGUUUGAGAUCGCCAAGCCGCCCAGCACCGGCCCCGAGGAAGACGAGGAGGAGGGAGAUGAAGAGAACAGGGAGGUGGACUCCAGUGCCGGACGCUUUGUGCGCUACCAGUUCACGCCGGCCUUCCUGCGGCUGCGCACCGUCGGAGCCACGGUUGAGUUUACGGUUGGUGAACGGCCGGUUCAUGGGUUCCGCAUGAUCGAGAGGCAUUUCUUCAGGGAGCACCUGCUCAAGAGCUUUGACUUUGAUUUUGGCUUUUGCAUCCCUAACAGCCGCAAUACUUGCGAGCACAUCUACGAGUUCCCCCAGCUGCCGGAGAGCCUUGUUCGUCAGAUGAUUGAGCAUCCGUACGAGACCAGGUCAGACAGCUUCUACUUUGUGGACAACAAGCUCAUCAUGCACAACAAAGCGGACUAUGCCUACAAUGGGGGCCAGUAGCACGGAGGGGGGAGGGAGAGGAGGAGGUGGUGGUGGUGGAGAUGGACAAACUGUGGGGGGAUUACAGGCCUGUUUGCUCUGAACUUCACUGUUGGCCAAAGGUGCUGUGGACAUCAGUGAAGGGGCUUCAUUCUGCUGCUCUCAACCAUGUGAUCACUCCGCUUGGACGACGGUGACUUUAGGAAACCAUCUGCCGUUUUGCUCUUCUUUACCAUGGUCUGUUGCGUAUUUGUAAAUGCAGGACAUCUUGAAGUCGGUGUCCUUUGUGCCCCUGUUGAAGUAGAGUUAUGAUAGAACUUGUAUUAGGAAGCACCGUGUGUGUGCUGCGAUGAAGAUGAAGCGAAGGACUGUAGGGUUCCUUGGCUCCUCGGAGCUCAGUGAGAACCAGUUUAGGCUGGUCCACCAGCAGCAGCACCGCUGCAACCUGUCGUCGGUCACACAGAUUAGUUCACCAUGCGGGUGGGAAUGAGCCUUUCCAUCCUGGUGGCUCCUUCUCUUCAGCGAGCGUCGGGAAGCUUGUGUCAAACUUGAAUUCUGCACUUUGCGUUUCCUGACUUGCCGCAAGACCACGGCGAAGGCGACUCGCCCGCGGUGUCGUCUUUUACAGCAAAGGCUCGAUUUGAGCUUUCUUUUCCAUGAAAAGGAGCCUUUGUUCAGCCACCGCUGGGAAAGUAUGACGGCGGACCAGAAUUUGAGUUGCUUGGGAGAUGUCAUGUCCUCCCGGCAGUCCUUUUUAAAAAAGCGUUGGAGUCCGGCUGGCGGGAGCAGUGGUCUGCGGUUCCUUAACCACCCCUCAUUAGGCAGCAGCACGGAGAGGGUUUCGAACUGUACUCGGUGUCACAUGGAUGAAUUGUCCUCUCCUUUUGAGAUCUGAGCGGCGACUGUUUCCUUGUCCGAGCAAAUGUGCCGAUUCGCUUUUCCCGCCCGGCAGCUUUUUGCCAGCGUGGAGUCGGAGCCGGGUACCUCGCUUUACCCCAGCUCAGCUUUCUGCGGUGCCCACGAAUAUAGAGGAUGGUAACGGGGACCCCAAGAGCUCGACGUGCCUUGGAAAGUAGCUGAGCGCUGAAAACGGAGCCUCCGUCACCGUGACCUUCAUCGCAGCUUCGUGCUAUCAGACCGUUUUUCAUGAGCUUUGCGCGUAAAUCGGCUGCGUGCGAACGCGCAACGUCCUCGACGACAAGGGCUGCAGCCGAGUGUUCUGGCAGCAUCUCGAUAUUGUUGACAUCCCAGCUGAUAUAUCGCGGAAGUCUCAGCUCAUCCAUUCUGGCACAUGUCCCGCCCCCCCCGUGUCGUGAGCAGGAGGAAGUACCUGCCAGGUGCACUGACCCAGUAUCCGAAGUUGGCGAGAUGUUCCUUCAGCACUGCGGUGCUCCUUCGUGAGCGUGGCACUUGAUCAGAAUGGACUCUGCUUUACGGUUCCGGUUGUUUGGAGAGAACCUACGAUCGGGGGCGAUGUUGAGGGGAAUGAUGGGAAACGCAGCCGUUGAGGGGGGCCGCGCUGGCCGGUCACUCUUCAGAAGUCCCAAACUGCGGUCCAGACACAUCCUUGACCAGGAUAAGUAAACAGUCACUACAUAAAAUGGGAAUUUUCGCUAUAUUUCAGCGUUUUCCGUUAAUUUAUAACUGAAGUGUUCGUUUUUCCUGAUAGGUGUAAUGAUUACUAAUGAAAUGACAUGAUAGGUGGAUGGAAAGGAGGCCUUUUUCAUUUGAGUGCCUAAAACUGUAUGAUGACCAUUGUAGUUGGAAAUUGUGUGUGUUCUAGGAUGACAAUGCAGUUAUAAAGUCUAGUUUAUGGAAAUUCUAACUUGAGCAUUACCAGACUUUUUUUUAUUUAACUUGGUAUGUAUUUUUUUUUUUGUUUUUAAUGUCUUGUUUGUUUCGUAAUCUUGACAUUCCCGUGGGGGGGAAGAAAUCCUGAAAAAGGUGACUGAGUAGGAAAUUGAUUUUGCAAAGGUUUUCGAUUUGGAGCAAAGUAGGACGUUUUGAAACAUUAUCAUGUACAAAUACAAAUAUAUAUUUUGUAGUAACUUGUCUUUUUUAUGUCCAAUGUGAAUAUGGGUUGUUUGUAUAAAAUGUUGAUUUCUGUCAGCUGAAGGAUAUUAAAUUUAGAUUUUUACGACCCUCAUGUUUGACCUGUGUAACUGAACAAGGUACCAGGACCCUGGAAAUGACCCAAAUUAUGGUAAAUGUAGUUCCCCAUGACGCCCGCGGGGGGCGCUCUGACACGCCACAGCACAUCAACCAGUUUCAAAGUGCCUACAGCACAAAAAGGGUUUAUGAAUACUUUCCUCCUGGCAAAUGUAGCUUUGAAUUGCACUUUUGGAUAUUUGGAAUCGCAGAUGUCAGUUUUUAAUUAAAAAAAAAAAAAAAAAGUUUUAGUUUUUUAGACACACGAAUCGCUUCAUACGGAUGUUCUUGUCGAUGGAACUGCCAUUCAGAGAAUUUCAUUACGUGCUAAGAAUUACUCAUUAAAAUAAGGCUACUUAACUCCUCACAGUCCCCCCCCC